AUGUCUGCUCCGGUUGGAUAUGGCCUAUUGUUGGAGUGUCCAUACAAUAAAGCGCACAGAGUGCGGCCUACGGCAAUGGCCAGACCCCUUUUCAAGUGUUGCAAGAUAUAUCCGGACACACAGUUUGUAAUUUGUCCGUUCAACCAUGCACACAGGAUAGCGGAAUCCGAGCUAAAGAUGCACACCGCAACUUGUGAAGAUAGAGCUAACUUUCACCUGUAUAAGUAUUGUCUAACGACGGCUGCUGCCACAGCCACAUACGGUACUACCGAAGCGCUGCAGGAACCGGAAUUGAUCUAUAAUAAUGAAGAUCCGAUUGGGCCGAGAAAAGUACGUGGUAAUAGUGACGAUGAUGAAUGCUGGGACGAUCUGCGCUUUCCAGCAUACAAUCCACAGGAGUACUGUGCCAACGCCAAAAUCAUCCGCAAGGCUACACGGAAAACACCUGCGGAAAAAAGAAAAUUCUACGAAGAAGAAACCCAACGGCAUCAGGAACUGGAUGCAAAAAUAAAGCGAGAAAAGGAGAAGGUGAUGAUAGUUACGGCUCAAGAUCGUGCUCACCAAUAA